GCGGGGGUCCCGGCAGCCAUGGGAGCCCCGGGCUGGCUGUGGGGCCGGGGGGCGCGGCGGGCGCUGAGCUCGGGGGGCUCCCCCAUCCCGGGGGGCUCCCCCAGCUCGGGGGGCUCCCCCAUCUCGGGGGUCGCCCCCGGCUCGGGGGUCGCCCCGCGCCCCUUCGAGGAGAUGCCGCGGGCCGGGCGCGGGCGCUGGCUGAACCUGCUGAGCCUCUGGGGCCGGGGGGGCUUCCAGGACUUCCACCGCCGCAUGGAGGGGGGCUUCCAGCGCCUCGGACCCGUCUACAGGGACCGCGUGGGCUCGCUGGACUGCGUGAACGUGCUGCUGCCCCGGGACGCGGCGCAGCUGCUGCGGGCAGAGGGGCCCUUCCCGCGCAGGAUGGGCAUCGCGGCCUGGAGCGCCCACCGCAGCCUGCGCGCCCACCGCUGCGGGCUCUUCCUGCUGAACGGCCCCGAGUGGCGCGCGGACCGGCUGGCCCUGAACCGCGCCGUGCUGUCCCCGGCCGGGGCGCGCCGCCUGCUGCCGCUGCUCGACGCCGUGGCCCGCGACUUCGCCGAGAGCCUGGGGGGCCGCGUGCGCGGGACCCCCGGGGGGGCCCUGACCAUCGACCCCCACCCGCUGCUCUUCCGCUUCACCCUCGAGGCCAGCAGCUACGCGCUGUACGGGGAGCGGCUGGGGCUGCUGGGGGGGUCGCUGUCGGGGGGCGCGCAGCGGUUUUUGGGGGCGCUGGAGGAGAUGCUGCGCACCACGCUGCCGCUGCUCUUCCUGCCGCCGCCGCUGCUGCGCCUGCACCCCCCGCUCUGGCAGCGCCACCUGCGCGCCUGGGACGCCAUCUUCCAGCACGCUGACGCCAGCAUCCAGCGGCUGUACCGGGAGUUCUGCCGGGGGGGGGUCCCCGGGGGGGGGGUCCUGGCGGAGCUGCUGCUGCAGGGGCAGCUCCCCCUGCCCUCCAUCAAAGCCAACGUCACCGAGUUCACCGCGGGCGGCGUGGACACCACGGCGAUCCCGCUGCUGUUCACGCUGUUCGAGCUGGGCCGGAACCCGGGCGUGCAGCGGGAGCUGCGGGAGGAGCUGCGGGCGGCCGGGGGGGGUCCCCGCGACCCCCGGGGCUGGGGGGGCGCGACCCUGCCCGAGCUCCUGGGGGCGCUGCCGCUGCUGAAAGCGGCCAUCAAAGAGACCCUGAGGCUGUACCCCGUGGGCAUCACCGUGCAGCGCUACCCGGCCACCGACGUGGUGCUCCACAACUACCGCGUGCCGGCGGGGACGCUGUGCCAGGUGGCGCUGUACGCCAUGGGGCGCUGCCCCGACGUCUUCCCGCACCCCGAGCGCUACGACCCGCGGCGCUGGCUCGGCAAGGACGACACCACCUUCAAGGCCUUGGCCUUCGGCUUCGGCGCGCGCCAGUGCAUCGGGCGGCGCCUGGCCGAGGCCGAGAUGAUGCUGUUCCUGGCGCACGUGCUGAGCAACUUCUCCAUCGAGGCCGUGUCCAGCGAGGACGUCCCGACCGUGUUCCGCUUCAUCCUCAUGCCCGAGAGGUCGCCGCUGCUGACCUUCCGUGCCCUGGAGUGA